CAUUCCUCUGCUAAUGGAAGUCCUAGGCUGGGCCGCAAGGGAGGGCUGUGGUCACAGAAAGACUGAAAGCCAAGUGUGAGAGAGCCCCCAUGAAUCUGCAUCUCUGAGCUCCUGACACACCAUAUUCUUUGGCUUUCCCUGUUUGGGAUGGGAAGGGGAUGAGUGCUAUCUUGUCCUGGGGUUGAGAUAGUUGCACUAUCCUGGUGAUUGCCCUUGACCACUCUCUGACACUUUUUCUGCCAGCUUCCCCAGCUUCUCACUUUCUUUGGAGGGAUAGACUGGCAGAAGACGUUCCUGGACCCCAGGAGUCAGGGAGAGGGGCCCCACUCCUACCCUCUAGGACCCCAGCCGGUCUUCUGAAUCUUUAAUCCUCAAAAUGUCCCUGACAAGAGAAACUUCCUGCCAGUUUUCACUGACCAGUGUAGGGAUGGGGCACAAUCUCCAGGCCUGUCUGUACCUUUGGCUUUAGAUCUCAGUGAAUGACAAGUUGGGCUCUAAGAGACAGCAGUCAGGGGACAUGUCAGGUGUACUUCCCUACCUCCAAUCUAGCUAAGCUAAGAAUGUGGAAAGGAGGAUCCAGAGAUGUGCUAGCACAUCCUAGGCCUUUUACCUUGCCCCCUCUCCAUUAAAUUUUCUCUAUCUUUUCUCCAGGAUAAAAGUGUGUCGUACAUAUGGUCGUGUGGGUAAAGUUACACUGUGGAUACUUAUGUUUAAUUUUGUUCAGUUCAAAAAGGUUCCAUCUCUUUAACUGAUUAAAUAUUUAUUCUGGCUAAGGUGGAGGGGGAAGGGGCAAUGAAUGCCCUCAGGACCUGAGGCCUGGAGAGAGAGAGAGAGAGAGAGAGAGAGAGAGAGAGAGAGAGAAUGUGUGUGUGUGUGUGUGUGUGUGUGAGAGAGAGAGAGAGAGAGAGAGAGAGAGAGAGAGACUGGGGGAAGGUGAAGCUGAAGCUCCUUUAUUGUCAGUGCUGACCUCUGAUUUCAUCUGAGAGCAGUGACCAGGAGUGGGGACAAGAGGGUAAAGUCCUUGAGCUGGAAUAAUGACCCGUGACAGGCUGAGAGGGAUUUCGCAAGUGCUUCUGUGGUGGGUGUGGGCGGAGCUGUUGGAAGAGCAGCUGGAGGACCAGCCCAGCUCAGCUGAGAUCUGAUCAGCCUUCAGCCAGUGGCACCAACUGGUGUCCAAUUCACAGUGGAGAACAAUCUCCCCACUCUCUUUCCUCCCUGGGUGGGAGGAGACCACCUUCCUUCUGUGUCAGCGCUUCAUUCCAAGGCCAGCCUGAAUACCAUCACCUCUCUUCCCUCCUGGGAGGAUGAGGGCUGGGAGCCUGGAAACUUCUGCCCUUGCCAUCCUGCUGGCGUUCAUUGCUGAGUCCCAGGACUGCCAGGAUGCUCCAGACCCUGUAUGACUACUUCUGGUGGGAACGGCUGUGGCUGCCUGUGAACUUAACCUGGGCUGAUCUAGAAGACCGGGAUGGACGUGUCUAUGCCAAAGCCUCAGACCUCUACAUCACACUACCCCUGGCCUUGCUCUUCCUCAUCGUUCGAUACUUCUUUGAGCUUUACGUGGCCACCCCACUGGCUGCCCUCCUGAACAUAAAGGAGAAAACUCGGCUGCGGGCACCUCCCAACCCCACCUUGGAGCAUUUCUACCAGACCAGUGGCAAGCAGCCCAAACAGGCAGAGGUAGAGCUCCUGUCACGGCAGAGCGGGCUCUCUGGCCGCCAGGUAGAGCGCUGGUUCCGGCGCCGCCGCAACCAGGACCGGCCCAGUCUCCUCAAGAAGUUCCGAGAAGCCAGCUGGAGAUUCACCUUUUAUCUGAUCGCUUUCAUUGCUGGCAUGGCCGUCAUUGUGGAUAAACCCUGGUUCUAUGACAUGAAGAAGGUUUGGGAGGGAUAUCCCAUACAGAGCACCAUCCCUUCCCAGUAUUGGUACUACAUGAUUGAACUUUCUUUCUACUGGUCCCUGCUCUUCAGCAUUGCCUCUGAUGUCAAGCGAAAGGAUUUCAAGGAACAGAUCAUCCACCACGUGGCUACCAUCAUCCUCAUCAGCUUCUCCUGGUUUGCCAAUUACAUCCGAGCAGGGACUCUGAUCAUGGCUCUUCAUGACUCUUCUGACUACCUGCUAGAGUCGGCCAAGAUGUUUAACUAUGCGGGAUGGAAAAACACCUGCAACAACAUCUUCAUUGUCUUCGCCAUUGUCUUCAUCAUCACCCGACUGGUCAUCCUGCCCUUCUGGAUCUUGCACUGCACCGUGGUGUACCCACUGGAGCUCUACCCUGCCUUCUUUGGCUACUACUUCUUUAAUUCCAUGAUGGGAGUGCUACAGCUGCUACAUGUCUUCUGGGCCUACUUCAUUCUGCGCAUGGCCCACAAGUUCAUAACUGGAAAGCUGGUAGAAGAUGAACGCAGUGACCCGGAAGAAACCGAGAGCUCAGAGGGGGAGGAGGCUAUAGCAGGGGGAGGAGCAAAGAGCCGGCCACUAGCCAACGGCCACCCUGUCGGCCACCCUGUCAUCAGUAACAACCAUCGUAAGAAUGACUGAACCAUUGUCCCUGCUGCCCCUCAGAUUAAUGCAUAAAGCCAAGGAACUAGUCCCUCCUCCCCACAGGGCCACUUUGAGCCCUGGGGGCUGGGGAGGGGGGCUGGGAAGCAGAAAGCAAGGAGAAAGUUCUUCUGUGUCCCAGCCCCCUGCUUCUUUGUCACCCAGUUGCCUUUAAACCAAAUUCAAACCAGCCAAUCCCCAGGUAGAGGGGAGGCUGGUACAUCCUUUGUUAGAGGGGGAUGGACUUCUUUUCCUCUCUUUUUUCCAAGGUGUACUGUUGUUUUUGAGGCCCUUCCUCAGCUCUGGGGGUGGGGGUUACAACUCACAUUCCUUAUUCUUCAGAAUUUGGCCCCAGCUGUUUGCCUCUGACCCCCUGACCUCCAGAGCCAGGGUCGUGCCUUACUGUGCCACCUGUGGGCCUCAUUCUGCCAAAGAUGGACCAAGGCUCACCUUUCUAGGCUCCCUAACUUGGGCCAGAAACCAAAGCUGAGCUUUCACUUUUUUCCCUCCAAAGACACAAAUGAAUUGAGUGUAGGAGGGUACAUAUGACCCCUGCCCUACCUCUGCCAAAAAGGAGGAGCCACACUGGGACUGUUCGGCCGGUCUACGUGUCACUUCUCUGCCAGCUCUCUCUAGUCACAGGUCCAAGAUCUUACUGCCUUUCUCUGGCCUCUUUCCCUAGGCUAGCUGGUUUGGAAUAGAAUGGCAACUAGUUCUAAUUUUUAUUUAUUAAACAUUCGGUGUUUUGGUUUUCAAGCCAGAAUUACAGCUAGCACCUGGCAUUUGAGCAGAGGGACCACUUCAGACCAAAAUGUACUGUUAAUGGUGUUUUUUUUUUUUUUUU